AGCCGGAUUGUAAUUACCAAGUUCAGUUUCUAUGAUAGUUACACUGCGGAAGGUUCUUAAACAGCCUGAAGUCUCGACUAAAGGUCUUCAGACCCUCUCAAUCUGAAUCUCUAGCGGGCGACUAACCUCCACCGGAGUAGACAGAUUGAGGCCCUAAGAACAAAACCUCCACUACCGGAGUAAAUCCGGUACAGAAUAGUGAGUUGGUUCCUCGACUAAAGUCACCAACUCCCUACCUUCAAUCAAGGAUACUCUAUCAACCUAGGCAGAUAUUCUCAUUCUAGGUUAAAGCAGAAACAACAGGAAUUUGAUCAGGAUUCAAGUCAUUCAAUCAUUAAAACCUCAAUCGAAUAUAAUCAAUCACAGAAUCAGUACUUGGGUUCAUACAAUCAAAGCCUAACAUACAAAUCUAGGGUUCUCCAUACCCAGAUGAAUGGGAGAACUACUCCAUGGAGAAGAAAGCAAAAGCAGAAUCAGACACGGAAUUCAUACUGCGAAGGACGGAUUCCGGCUCCUGGACGUUGAUUGGCACUUCUCCAAGCUCAAGCUGGCCUCCAAUGGUGUUGAAGAUCAAUCUAGGGCACUUGGGAACUCUUGCUCGUCACUUUCUCUCUCUAGAAGUCGUUCUAUCUCUCAAAAACUCGAAUCCCCUUGACUUGUGGCUGAAAAUCUGCUUAAAAGCAUCAAUGGCCAAAGCACGGUCGAGGACACGGCCGUGCUUUGCCUGACUCCGCCCGUGCCUCGGUCAAUGUUAAUUACACGUCCAGCAGUUGGGGAGAAACAAGGCCGUGCUUCGCCUUGGACACGGCCGUGUAAUGCUUGAACACGGCCGUGCUUUGUCUCGGCCUUGCCCGUGUAAUCAGCUCAGCUCUCGGCAUAAAAAGCACGGCCGUGUAAUGCCUUAGGUGUGCCCGUGUUUUGGCCCCAGCUUGACGAAAUGACCUCCGAAUGCCCCGAAACUCGUGGUUAGCCUUCCCUUUGACGCCUGGGACCUGAAAUAUGACAAAAUAGCACAACCCGGCGUAAAAUAGGCCAAAACACACGACUAUACCCCUCAAACGGAUAAGAACUAGGGGCGCAAACAUGUGCAAUUACAUCGUUAUUAGUUGGCACUUGUGUUUUUCCCCUGACGUUUUUCGGAGUAUCAUCGCUUGGUGGCUAAUGAUAGGGCAGAAUAUGGGAUGACAAUGAGGCGAGUUUACCUAAAUCAUUUCCAUUUUCGUUUUUAAAUAUUCAAAUUCAUACUUGCCCUAUACUCAUGCGGGAAAUGUUUGCAAACCCAUCCCCAUACCCUUGGGUAAUACCCACUAUGUACAUCCAACAUAAUAAUAUCUAAAAUUUUACAUGAGAAUUUUCAGUCAUAAUAUUAAACGCACCUACCAUAUCAUGAAGUCGACAAAAAGACAAUCAUUCUUAAUACGGCUCAACACAUCUUAUCCUAAAAUAUCCUUUACUCCAUAAGAUAGAGUGUACUGUAAUUCAAAUCAUUAUUCACUGACUCUGAUACAUCUACUAAGUAAUACUAACUAAGAUAAUCUUGUUAACGCGAGGGAAAAAGUGAAAGAGUGAAAGGAGAGUUGAGGAAAACGAAUUAGGUUUUGAUUUGACUAACCACUCUAUUGCAUUUCUACUAUUUAUUUUCUUAAGUUGCCCUCACUAAGUCACUAUCGUUGAUAGGUUACAAUUUUAUAUGCGAAGUAAUGCUCUUUGUGGGCGGGGUAUGGGGCGGAGGAGGCGAAUACCAUACCCACGUCAAACCCAUAAAACAUUUUGCGUGUUUUACCCAUACCUAGUCAAUGCGGGGAAUUCCCCCCACUGACUUGAUCGGGAGCGGUCGGGUACUGACUCGUUCUAACUACAACAUCCCGAUCGACGGUCAAGUAUAACCACCGCCCGAGUGAAGCGCAGGGAAAGCAAGCAAUAAGAAUUUAUCGUACCACGGGGAUCUAGGCUUAUCCUACUUCAUGUUUAAGGUUUGUUAUCUAGUCAACCUAGGAUAAUGAUUAAUACAAAAAAACUAACUAACCUAGACUAACCACUAACCCUAGCUAUUUACAAGGUAGGGAGCUCCAUUGUUUUGAAUCCUCCUAGCUCCGUCAUAUGAUCGAUGUUGAGUACCAUCCUAGCUCGAUCGACCCACUAUCCUACCGUUAGGAGAUGAACUCCCUCGGGACGGACCCAAAACGGUGAAGUGAUGGAUGGGUAGGAGCUCUAUUCAACCUAGGGCGCCCCUAUAUCGUAGGAGAUCGAUCCAAUCGACUCCCUCGGGGAUUAACCGGACUAUAUGGGGUGAGGAGUUGUUUCCCUCCUAGGUCAAAAGCUCGAUUGACUCAAUAUACUCUACCGUUAGGA